AUCACCACGUAUAAAAUGAAGAUUAUCGGUAUUCUGCUGGUAGCGCCCUACAUCCACUGUUUUUUGGAUUUGACCCUUCGGCAAGCGACGCCGCCGAUAACCAGGUAUGGUGACUCCCUUUUCUGGGACAGCGAUCAGCAAGCGAUUUAUUUGGUGGACGUGCUAAGUAGUACAGUAUACAAGCACGUGCACGGGUCCAAUUCAACAACAUCCACCAAAAUCCAUUCGAAUACCAUAGGCGCGGCCAUACCCAUCAGAGGCCGACCUGGUGAGUUUAUCGUGCCUGCAUACCAGGACGUGCUGAAGCUCGAAUGGGAUGGAAUCCAGGAUACUGGCAAGGUUACCAAGUUAAAGAAAAAUUUUGAUUUUGCAAAAGGCGAGCAAUUUCACUCAGCAAAAGCUGACGUUAAGGGUAGAUUGUGGGUUGGAACAUACCAAGUGAUAAACAGGGAGAAGUAUGAGUUUGUUGAGGGCGGGGGUUCCUUGUACAUGAUCACCAUAAAAAAACACUCGGUCGAAAUAGUAAAGGAAAUUGCGCAAUUUGACUUUCCCCACUGGUUUAGAUUGGAAAGCGAACGGGAAGUUUUUUUCGACCUGGCACACCAUCCACACCUCUCAGGUGGUAUUUCCGGAUUAAUCGUGAAAAAGAACCUCGUAGCAUUUAACUUAUACGGUGGCAGCGCUUUGGUAGACGUCGACCAGGAUACCAGCAAAUUGAUCUACGUCCUACCCACCCCGGUACCGCAACCCACGUCCUUGAUUGUGGGCGGUCCUCAUCUUGAUACUGCUUAUGUUGCGUCUUCUGACUUUCUGCUGACCGACGAAGAAAAACAGUUGAACCCUUUCGAUUCGCAAGCACUUUUCGCUUAUACAGGAUUGAAGACUACUGUAAAUGCUAAUGAACUAUCUGUUGUUAAAAACAACAUGCACGGACAUAUAAAUAACCCCAAACUGUUGACAUGCCAAAUUAUCAACAUGGCUAUCAUGGAGAAUUUUGCUAUUGUGCUAAUAGUGCCCUACAUCCACUGUUUAGUAGAUUUGGCGGUUCGGCAGGCGACAACGCCUAUCACCAGGUUUGGUGAAUCCCUUUCCUGGGACAGCGAAAAGCAAGCCAUAUAUUUGGUGGACGUGCUGGGCAGUACGGUAUACCAGCACGUCUAUGGGUCCAAUGCAACCACAUCCACCAAAAUCGAUUCUGAAACGAUAGGAGCGGCCAUACCCAUCAGAGACAGAAUUGGUGAGUUUAUCGUUCCUGCGAACCAGGACGUGCUGAAACUCGAAUGGGAUGGAACCCAGGAUACUGCAAACGCGGACGCUAAGGGUAGACUGUGGGUUGGAACAUACCAAAUUAUAAACAGGGAGAAGUAUGAAUUUGUUGAGGGCGGGGGUUCAUCGAUCAUCAGUUCAUCGGUCGAAAUCGAAAGGAAGUUGAGCAAUUUGACUUUCCCCAGUGCGCCCUACAUCCACUGUUUUUUGGAUUUGACCCUUCGGCAAGCGACGCCGGCGAUAACCAGGUAUGGUGACUCCCUUUUCUGGGACAGCGAUCAGCAAGCGAUUUAUUUGGUGGACGUGCUAAGUAGUACGGUAUACAAGCACGUGCACGGGUCCAAUUCAACCACAUCCACCAAAAUCGAUUCGGAAACCAUAGGCGCGGCCAUACCCAUCAGAGGCAGAGCUGGUGAGUUUAUCGUGCCUGCAUACCAGGACGUGCUGAAGCUCGAAUGGGAUGGAACCCAGGAUACUGGCAAGGUUACCAAGUUAAAGAAAAAUUUUGAUUUUGCAAAAGGCGAGCAAUUUCACUCAGCAAAAGCUGACGUUAAGGGUAGAUUGUGGGUUGGAACAUACCAAGUGAUAAACAGGGAGAAGUAUGAGUUUGUUGAGGGCGGGGGUUCCUUGUACAUGAUCACCAUAAAAAAAGACUCGGUCGAAAUAGAAAGGAAAUUGCGCAAUUUAACUUUCCCCACUGGUUUAGAUUGGAAAUAUGAUAACCGUUUCCUGUACCAUGCCGAUAUUACGGAGAGAAAAAUUAAAAAAUACAAAUUUGAUAUCGACAGCGGUGAUCUAGGCGAACGGGAAGUUUUUUUCGACCUGGCACACCAUCCACACCUCUCAGGUGGUAUUUCCGGAUUAAUCGUGAAAAAGAACCUCGUAGCAUUUAACUUAUACGGUGGCAGCGCUUUGGUAGACGUCGACCAGGAUACCAGCAAAUUGAUCUACGUCCUACCCACCCCGGUACCGCAACCCACGUCCUUGAUUGUGGGCGGUCCUCAUCUUGAUACUGCUUAUGUUGCGUCUUCUGACUUUCUGCUGACCGACGAAGAAAAACAGUUGAACCCUUUCGAUUCGCAAGCACUUUUCGCUUAUACAGGAUUGAAGACGUGGGGUAUAGCUUUUCACAAAAUUUUAUUACACUGAUUGAAUCCUUGCUAGGAGAGAUAAUAAAGAGAUUUAAUU